AUGGCUGCAGGCCCCUUCCGCGGUCUGGCAGUGGCCGGUGGAGGCGAGAGUAGCGAGAGCGAGGAUGACGGCUGGGAGAUUGGGUAUCUCGACCGGCCAGCUCAGAAAUUAAAAGGACCGUUACCCAUUGAAGAAAAGCAUGAAACAUUUAAGAAAGCUUUGACCACAGGAGAUGUUUCAUUGGUCGAGGAGCUCCUGGAUUCUGGCAUCAGUGUAGAGUUCAGCUUUCGCUAUGGGUGGACUCCCCUUAUGUAUGCUGCCAGUGUUUCCAAUGUAGCGCUGCUUCGGGUCCUUUUGGACAGAGGUGCUAAUGCAAGCUUUGAUAAGGAUAAGCAAACUAUUUUGAUAACUGCAUGUUCUGCUCGUGGCUCAGAGGAACAGAUCUUGAAGUGUGUAGAGCUACUACUUUCAAGAAAUGCUGAUCCAAAUGUUGCUUGUAGGAGACUUAUGACUCCCAUCAUGUAUGCUGCACGGAAUGGUCACCCUCAGGUUGUUGCUCUCCUUGUUGCUCAUGGAGCAGAAGUUAAUACCCAGGAUGAGAAUGGCUAUACUGCUUUAACAUGGGCAGCAUGUCAGGGUCAUAAAAAUGUAGUUUUGAAGUUGCUUGAACUUGGAGCUAAUAAAAUGAUACAAACCAAAGAUGGAAAGACACCAAGUGAGAUUGCAAAAAGAAAUAAACAUCUAGAGAUCUUCAACUUUCUUUCCUUGACUUUAAAUCCUUGGGGAGGAAAGCUUCAACAGUUAACUAAAGAAGAGACUAUUUGUAAACUACUGAGAACAGAUUCUGAUCAAGAAAAAGAUCACAUAUUUAGUUCAUAUACAGCAUUUGGAGAUCUGGAAAUAUUUUUACGUGGUCUUGGACUUGAACAUAUGACAGAUUUACUGAAGGAAAGGGAUAUAACUUUAAGACAUCUUUUGACCAUGAGGAAAGAUGAGUUUACAAAGAAUGGAAUUACCAGUAGAGAUCAGCAGAAAAUUAUGGCUGCUCUUAAAGAACUAGAGGUAGAAGAGAUAAAAUUUGGAGAAUUACCUGAAGUGUCAAAGUUGGAAAUCAGUGGUGAUGAGUUCCUCAGCUUUCUUCUGAAAUUAAACAAACAGUGUGGCCAUUUAAUAACAGCUGUACAGAACAUUAUUACUGAGUUGCCUGUAAAUUCUCAGAAGAUAGUACUAGAAUGGGCUUCUCCCCGGAAUUUUACUUCAGUUUGUGAAGAACUGGUUAGUAAUGUUGAAGACUUGAAUGAAGAGGUCUGCAAACUAAAAGACUUAAUUCAGAAGUUGCAAAAUGAACGAGAAAAUGAUCCAACUCGUAUACCGUUAAUGGAAGAAGUAUCUACAUGGAAUAGUAGAAUUUUGAAGAGGACGGCUAUUACAGUAUGCGGAUUUGGGUUUCUUCUUUUCAUUUGCAAGCUAACUUUUCAGAGGAAAUAACCCUAAUAUUUGUUUUGAGUAAUUAUGUAUAUCUUACUCAAAUUACCUAAAAAUGUUGCUUUUAACUGUUUGUGGCACAGUAUAACUACAUUCUUUGCCAACACUCCAUAGGAAAAAUUAUGAUAGCUUACUGCAGAAUGUUUUUCUUUAGAAAGUGUUUUGUCAGUUUGAGUUGACAAUAUAAUU